CUUCGGGCAACCGAAGAAUCAUCAACAACAGUCACCUCGACUUUUCAUUCGUAUGCUUGGAGGUUGCAGACCUUAAACAUCCAGCAUGAGUCAGCGGAGCCGAAACUCCUGCGGUGCCAUCAAAUGGGAUUCUCUUCCCGACCCUGGCCCCCGCUUCCAGCUUGGGGAGCGACUGGGAAUCGGCGUAAGCGGCGAGGUCUUUCAAGCCACUGACUUGAAGGAAGGAAAUAUGCAAGUGGCCAUUAAGAUCCAGAAAAUCACCGACGAGAACUGGGAAGACCUGGAGGAAGAAUACAGAGUUCUCAAGGACCACUCGGAUCAUCCCAACUUGAUUGACUUUUACGGUGCCUACUGCAAAAAGAGUCGCGAUGGAGACCAACUGUGGCUGGUCAUGCAGCUUUGUGAGGGCGGAUCAAUCAUCGAUUUGGUAAAAGGGCUUUACAAGGCCGAUAAAAAAUUCACAGAGAUCCACAUUGCGUUCGUCAUGAAGGAGGUCAUCAAGGCUUUGAUUUAUCUGCACCAGCAACACAUCAUGCAUCGCGAUAUCCGCGGUAGCAACAUUCUCCUGACGAAAACUGGCGAAGUUAAAUUGGUUGACUUUGGCCUCUCCAGGGAGCUGCGUAGUACCAUGGGCAAGAGAGGCUCCUCAGUGGGGUCUCCGUGUUGGAUGGCCCCCGAGUUGGUCACCAGCGAGCAGAAGAGCCAGAAGAUUGGCCACGACGUCUACGACAAUCGCGUCGACACCUGGGCUCUAGGUAUCACGGCCAUCGAAAUAGCCGAUGGAAAGGCACCGUUCGAAGACAUCCACCCGACACGAGCACUUUUCCAAAUUGUGCGCAAUCCGCCGCCAUCGUUCCACAGGCCCGCUAAUUGGUCGCAGAUUUUCAAUGACUUUGUCAACGAAUGCUUGGUUAAAAAUCCUGAAAACCGUCCGGUCGUCAUAGAACUUGUAGAGCAUCCCUUCCUCACUGAACUCCCUGAUAAUACGUCUCACUUGUCAAGUGAAAUCAAAUCAUUGCUCGAUGGUGUGACACAUGUUAAAAAGGAAAGGCGACAGGAGGUAGUGGUCAGAGGAAACUUCCUCAAGAGUGACCAAAACUCUGAUCCCGAGGUUAUGUACCUUGAGGAUUUAGCUGCCUUGGAUAACCUGACGGAAGACUUGGUCAUUGAGCAGCUUCAGAAUAGACUCAAGAAGGGCUCCUGUUAUUCAUUUCUGGGCGACGUUCUACUAUUUCUCAAUCCCAAUGAAACCCUCAACAUUUACAGUGACGAGAUCCAGAGCAAGUACAUGUUCAAAAGCAGGUCUGAAAAUCGCCCACACAUUUACGCUGUGGCUGACUGUGCCUAUCAAGACGUUUUGCACCACGACGAGCCGCAGCAUAUUGUGCUGAGUGGCGAGAGCAUGUCUGGAAAGACUGCGAAUAUGAUGCACCUCCUCCGCCAUCUUCUUUAUCUUGGAAAGGGAAAUAUUGCUGUGGCCGUGCGCAUCUUGAAUAGCAUGACCAUCAUUCACGCCGUGGGAAACGCUUGCACCCCUAUCAAUGGAAACUCCACUCGCCACGUUCUGAACACCCAAGUGACCUUCACGUCCACUGGCAAAGUGAGCGGUGCUAUUUUCUGGCUUUAUCAACUUGAAAGAUGGAGAAUCACAACCAACGACAGGCGCCAAGGCAACUUCCAUCUGUUUUACUACUUCUACGACGCCAUGGAGGCAAAAAUGCAGUUGGGAAAAUACCACCUGGAAUCUGGUCGCUUGCACCGCUACCUGCGCUCCGUAAGCGCUCCGAGCGGCUUCAGCAGCCAGCACAAGGUGCCUUCAGACCCAACUUCGGCCAGCAACAACUGCAGGCAGUAUGAGCAAUUCAAGACGGCCCUGCUCGACCUGGAAUUUGGCACGGAAAACCUCGAAACGGUCAACAAGAUUCUGGCCGCCAUUCUUGUCCUUGGCGAGGUCAGGUUCCGUGACGGUGGCAGCGGUAAAGCUGAAAUUGAAAACCCCAAAAUUUCUGCUCAAGUUGCUGAAUUGCUUGGCAUUGACGAAAAGAAAUUUGCUUGGGCUUUGGUUAACUACUGCAUGAUUGAGAGAGGCAAUGCUGUCAAAAUGCAGCAGUCUCCCGAGGAGGCCGAACUGGCCAGAGACGCCCUCGCCAGGGCAUUGUACUCACGACUGGCCGACUGGCUGGUCAACUUCAUCAACCUUAAACUCGCCUACUCACGAGCUGUCUUUGGAGAUCGUCACAUGAUUUCCAUUCUGGAUCUCUUCGGAUUUGAAUGUUUCCAAACCAACAGGAUUGAGCAACUAUUCGUCAACACAUUGAACGAGCAGUUGCAGUACCAAUACACGCAACGCCUGUUUGCAUGGGAGAUGCAAGAGCGUUUGGAAGAUGAGGUUCCUGGUGAGCACUUGACUUUCUACGACAAUAGGCCCUCAGUUGAUGUCCUGAUGGGAAAACCUGACGGUAUUAUGUGGCUCAUUGACGAGGCCACUAGAACAACUCGAAACGCGGAUUUUAUUAUUGAGUCCAUUAAUUCUCGUAAGAAGACUCCAUUCCUGCAAAGCUCCUCGUAUUCUGAAUUCAGUGUGGCCCAUUAUACUGGGAAGGUCUCUUACGAAGUCAAAGACAUGGCUGAGAAGAACAGAGACUUCAUUCCCCCUGAAAUCACGGAGACGCUGCGUUUGUCGUCCAAUGACACUGUCAGCAUGCUAUUCACCAAUUUGCUAUCCCGAACCGGAAACCUUGUUCAGUCCACUGUAGACGUGACCACGGCGCAGAAAAAUAUGCCUGAAAAUCAAGUCAAGCGCCGCGCGAGCAAGUGGAACGCCGCUCUUGUCGUGGAAAAACAACAGCAGAGUAGAAGCUACAACACUCAGUCCAAGGGUCAAUUCAGCCAAACUCGUCGUAUGCGCACGGCCACUACCACUUUCAGGGCUGCGAGCUUGGAUAUUUUGCGCUCUCUGAACACUGGUGGCACUCACUUUGUUCGUUGCCUGCGCGCCGAGUUGACCGGACAACCCAGAGGAUUCCAAACCGAGGUCGUGCGUCAGCAGCUUAGGGCCUUGGGAGUUGUGGAUACGGUGAGGGCUCGCCAGAAGGGCUACCCAUGUCGAGUUGUCUUCAGCGAGUUCCUCAGAAGGUACAAGUUUUUGGCUUUCGACUUUGAUGAGAACGUCGAGAUGACUGGUGCCAACUGCCGCCUGCUGAUGGUGCGUUUGAAGAUGGAGGGCUACGCCAUGGGCAAGUCAAAGGUGUACCUCAAGUACUACAACGAGGAGUAUUUGGCCAGGUUGUAUGAGCAGCAGGUGAAGAAGAUCAUCAAGGUACAGUCGAUGAUGCGCGCCUUCCUGGCCAAGAAGAAGGUGGGCGCUGCAGACAAGACGCCUGGCAGUCUAGCAAACGCCCCUGCCAAUUACGCUUCUGACCCAAGAUCUGUUUUGAAUAAACCGCCACAAUCGGAAGACGACGCUGCACUAGCGAUCCAAACACAAUUUAGGGGAUACAAGGCGCGAAAGGAAAUUGAGGAAACUAAAGGCUACAAGUAUACAGGCAGUGGAACCGACGUCUACGACGCCAAGACCAUACGGUUGUUGAAAAAGUGUUGCCGCAGGUGGAGACGACGAUCCUUGUUCCAGAUGCUGCUGCUGUACCGUUCGGUACGACAACAGGACUUGGUUUACUUCUGCCAGCAGGUCCACAUGUACAACCAAGGUGCAACGGACGGCAUGAAACAAACGGAAAUGCAACUAGUUUCUCAAGACCACAUCAAGAAUGUGAAUCGCAACGAGGCCUCUUUCAUCCUCGGACGCCAACCCGUCUUCGUCCGAAAAGUGCCCUUCCAAUUCCACAUGCUGCCCUUCUUCGACACGUCUCACUUCUGCGAUCCCGUGGACGCUGGGCUUGACUCGAUGUAUUCGGACAACAGACGAGGCCCAAGGGACUACGACACCUGGGACGCACCCUUGAGGCGAAAUAAAUUGGGCCGAGCGGACAGCAACAAAGUCUUCCAGCGCAACAAGAAGCAGUUGCGCAACCAGGGCUGCCAGACGGGCGCAGGCCACGCCGCGGACAAGCUGGCGAAUGUGAACCAGCAGAACAAAAUCACUCCGCACAUCCAGACGCCCUACAGACGCGAGCUGCUCGACAAUCAGCCCAAAAUGCCCAAAAAGCCGAGAAGUCCGGUACCCGGACCUUCCACCUCUGCUGCCGCAUCCAGACCAGACGAAUUUUCAAACGACAUUCCCAUGAAGUCAGUAAGUGCGGUGAGAGGAAAGUUUGAAAGCAGCAACAACUAUCCAGCGAGAUCUGGAGCCAAGCCGGCUGGACACAUCCAAGAGCUGAAGAGCAUCGGGAAAGAGAUGUCCGGAAGCGACACAGGAACUUUUAAUUUCCAGGGAAUGCUGCGCAAGACAAAUUACAACCGCGGCUCAAUGAAAAGAAAUGACAUUUAUUCACCAGACGACGCGCCUUCUUCGUUCAAAAUCUCCUCAUACAACCAGGACAAUAGCAACAUGUGGGAGAAGAACAACGUGGACCAGACGAGCAAAGGACCCUCAUACUCGGCGGUGGUCAAGCAGAAGACUAAAAAUGUGGGCUUUGAAAAUGAUAAAAAUCGCCACGAAUUGGCACCGGGAGUCAUCGUGGAAGGCGACGUUGCAGAUCUUUGAAUGCAAUGAUAUAAAAAACUUAAUACGCAAAUUUUAUUAAAAUAUAGUUUAUUUAUUAAUUUAAGCAGCUUGCUCAGCAAGUUAUUAAUGGCUUACAAAAAUAAUGUAGCAAUAUUCGUCAAAAACCACUCGAAUUUUGGUCUAAUUUUUUUUAGUUAUUUUGCUUUCAUUUAUAUAAAAUAUUUGCAGUUGUUAAACAUAGAUAUUUAAUUUUCAAUGUAGCAAUUUAAUAAUUUUUAAUUUUUGAAAAUAGUGAAUUUUC